GCACUCAUUGUAUUAAUGGACGUAUGUUUUGGACACCAAUUAUUGGUCCCUUUUAUGGCAAACGGUUUGCCAUUGAAUUGAAUGCAAAAGUUAUGAACAAAAUAAGUACUGAAUCGACGAAUAGAUGACUAAAAUAUAGCAAACAUUGAAUUGAAUUCAAAAAAGUGGAUAAAAAUGAGUUCAAAAGAGACCACAAAUGAGACACAACUGAUGGCCACCGAAGACGUGUUCAAUGGCACCGAUUUGGACAAAGACCUACUGCUCAGCGAAGAGCGUUUGGACAGAGCGUCGCCCGAUCUCUGGCCCGAACAG